UGUACGCGCGCACACGUAAACGUUGGCUCAUACAUAAAUGAGAGUGAGCAGUUGAACCCUUUCUGGUGCCGACGGCAAAAAUGACAAGUACGCGGGCUGCUGCGCUUCAUCCAAGCGGAGCCGGUUGCGCGGUUUUAUGCGCAGUGGUAGGUCCGAUCUCAUCCAGAAGCAUCCCGAGCCUUCUUGACUUUGUCCUAAUCAUAUCAGUGAUGUUGCUCGUCCCAAUCCAGCCAGCAUCAGCUCACCCUCAGUGUCUGGACUUCGAGCCACCUUUCAUACCUUCGUGGCACCUGGAGUUUUGCACGCAGUACGAGCAGUUUGGGUGCUGUGACCAGAGGACGGACAACAUGAUCGCGGAGAGAUACUGGGACAUUAUUGACCAGCUGGAAGUGGCAGGUUAUGAGCUCUGUGCAGAUACACUGAAGGAAAUCAUGUGCCAGGAAUGCUCUCCAUAUGCUGCCCACCUCUAUGAUGCUGAGGACCCGUACACACCUGUCAGAGAACUACCUGGCCUUUGCUUUGGCUACUGCUCUGAGUUUCUUGGAAAAUGUCAUCAUGUGGUUAAAUAUCUAACUGAGAACCAGCUGCUGCGGGACACUGCUGAGCGAGAUGUUACCACGUUCUGCAGCAUAGUAGACUUGUCUGACCAGGACUACUGCUAUCCCAAUGUUUUGAAAAGCCCCGACCUCAACAGCAACCUGGGAGCGGUGGUGGAGGACCCCAGAGGGUGUCUCCAGGUGUGCUUGACAGAGGUAGCGAACAACCUCAGGAAUCCCGUGUUGAUGCUACACAGUGGCGAUGACACACAUCGCAUGUUCAUCGCAGAGCAGGUGGGCUUCGUGUGGGUUUACCUGCGUGACGGCAGCCGGCUGGAGAGCCCCUUCUUGGACAUGAGUGGGGAAGUAAUGACCACGCCCUGGCUGGGGGAUGAAAGGGGCUUCCUGGGCAUGACCUUCCAUCCCAAGUACCGUGACAACGGACGCUUCUUCAUCUACUACUCUAUCCAGGUCAACAGUAAGCUGGAGAAAGUCAGAGUCAGUGAGAUGAAGGUGUCUGCCUACAAUAUGAACAUGGCUGAUCCUGACUCAGAGAGGGUCAUUCUAGAGAUCGAGGAGCCGGCUGCAAACCACAAUGGAGGCCAGCUGCUGUUUGGUCUCGAUGGAUAUUUGUACAUCUUCACUGGAGAUGGUGGAAAGGCUGGGGAUCCAUUUGGGAAGUAUGGCAACUCACAAAACAAGAGUGCUCUGUUGGGAAAAGUACUCCGCAUUGAUGUAGAUGGAAGUGACUCCAGUGGGAAGCACUACAGGUUCCCCCCUGAUAACCCAUUCCUUGGUGACCCAGAUGCUCGGCCCGAGGUGUAUGCAUAUGGCGUCAGAAACAUGUGGCGGUGCUCUGUGGAUCGUGGAGACCUGGUCAGUCGCUAUGGCAGGGGCAGGAUAUUCUGUGGAGAUGUGGGUCAAAACCGCUAUGAGGAAAUUGACAUUAUUGUAAAGGGAGGAAACUAUGGAUGGAGAGCCAAAGAGGGCUUUGAGUGCUAUGAUGUGAAGCUGUGCCACAACUCCUCCUUGAAUGACAUCCUCCCUAUAUUUGCAUACAGCCAUCAUGUUGGGAAGUCUGUGACAGGGGGAUAUGUGUACAGAGGAUGUGAAUCACCCAAUCUGAACGGCCUGUACUUUUUUGGAGACUUUAUGAGUGGUCGAAUCAUGGCGUUAGAGGAAGAUAAGACAACAGGAAACUGGAAGGAGAGGAAUGUGUGUAUGGGUGACACAAAGACGUGCUCUUUUCCUGGACUUAUCAAUCAUCACCACAAGUUUAUCAUCUCCUUUGCUGAAGAUGAAGCAGGGGAACUAUACUUUUUGGCCACUACGUACCCCAGUGCCAUGUCUCCUUUUGGAACUGUUUUCAAAUUCAUGGACCCCUCCAGGAGAGCUCCUCCGGGGAAAUGUAAGCAGAAGCCACUGCCUGUCAAAGUGAGGGGGAAAAAGAUUCCUUUUGUGCCCAGAGAAUUGACUGUGCUGGACACAAAUGAAAAACCUACGAGACCACCACCAAGAAAAUUCAAACUCACCACCAAACCACCGGUGACGAGCAGCCAGGUCAAACCUACAACAUCUGCAGCGAGCGGGACGAAGACAAUGAGCGCUGCUGUAAAGCCGAAAUGGAAAUCUGAUAAGAAAGCAAGGAAGGAAAACAAGCUGAAACCAUGGAGGAAAAACAAAGUGCUAACCAAACAAGCAGCUAAUGAUCAAAUGAAGAAGAAUACUUUGACACAGAAAUCCAAGGAACAAUCAAAAAAGACCACUGUUAAAAUAAAGCCCGUUGGUGACAAAGUAAAACCAAAGACAAAUCAAACUGCUCUACAACCCCCCAAAAUCCUGAAAGAUAACAAAAUCCAUACAAAAAAGAUUCCCCCAAAGAAAGGUACACAGCACCAAAUCAGGCAUGAGAAAAACAGCAUAAAGUUGAAACAAUCUGCAAAAGAAUAUCAUGCCUUCAUGAACAAAACUAAGACAAACUUGAAUGCGAAAAUAAACAGAACAAUGCAAAACAGGCCAAAAGCAAGAAAGCUAAAGAUGCCAUAGCACUUUAAAACAAUUUCUUCUGACUACGUCAUUAUUUAGCAUGUUUUUGUUGUCAGGAAAUUUUAGAUGAGUUAAGGUAUGAAGCCAGCAGCCAGUUCGCUUAAAGCACAAAGACAGGAAACGUUAAAAAAGCUAGUCUUACACUGUCCAAAGUGAACAAAAUCCGCCUUCAAGGACCUUUAAAGCUCAGUGUUUAACAAGUUAUAUCUUGUUUGUUUAAUCCAGAGCCAGGCUAGCUGCCCUAUUUCUAGGCUUUGUGCUAAGCUAAGCUAACUGGUUGAUGGUGGAAGCUUCGUAUUUACAAUAUAGAGCGGUACGAAUCUUCUCAUCUAAUGCCUGGCAAGAUAAUGAAUAAGCCUAUUUCCUAAAAUGUUUAACUAUUCUGUGUACAAAGCACACAACUGUUUAUUAUGCAUGUAAUGACACUGUUUCCUUUACAUUUUAUUUUUGACUGUCAUAAAAAUCAUUGGUCCAGCUUAAUCACCACUCUGUAUGGAUAUAAAACAUAUCAAAUAGGUUUGAUGUAGAAAUAAGCAGCAAACAGAUAAAAAAAACUUCUAGCUAUACCAAAGCCAAAUGUUGUUAAAUUGCUUUAAUUUUAUAACACAUGCAAGCGGUAAAAAUAAACAGUAGAACGUG